AUGAAAAUUGUGUUAGAUGUUCAGGAAUACAGUCCAAAUCGAUGUGCAGGCUGUUGGCAAGGUAUUGCACCAACAGAAAUGAUCUAUAAAAUCAAGAGUAAUAUAUUCUAUCACAUCACCUGCCAUCGAUGUAUUCAAUGUGGUAGAAAAAUAUCACAAGGCGAACAAAUUUGCAUAAAUAAAAUAUCUAAAAGCAUAGCAUGUAUUGCUCAUACUGUUUGCAGCGAUAAUUUGUUUACUAUUCCAACGCCAACUACAGCGGUAUGCAUAUUAGAAACAGAUGAUGGUGGCUUGCUUUCUGAUGCUGUUUCAAGGGAAUUGGAUUAUUCAUCAACUAACCUUUUCUCACAUUCUCAUGAAACAUACGGAUACGAACAAAGUGAUGAAGCAAAUUUUUUCAAGCGCAGAGGACCGCGUACUACCAUUAAACAGUACCAGUUAGAUGUACUAAAUAGAAUGUUCACGUCAACUCCAAAGCCAUCGAAGCACGUGAGAGCUAAGCUAGCACUAGAAACAGGCCUCAGUAUGCGUGUUAUCCAGGUUUGGUUCCAAAAUCGGCGUAGCAAAGAACGACGAUUAAAGCAUUUAUGUAAUUAUUUGAGGCGAUUUGAAGAGCGUGGCCUAAUACCGCCAUCGAUUGGUUUUAAUCGUAAUAAUUACUUUUAA